UUCAAGAAAGCAAUAAACCUUUCUUCAAAUAUUUCUCCUUCUUUUCAGUUUCUAACACCCCAUGGACCAUAUCAUUGUGUUCCAUAUAAAGUCCAGCCUUCUUCAUACAAAUGCGAGAACAUUGAAAAUUUUUCCUCCUACAAAUCAUAGCAAACAAAAUAGCAGUUUCAAUUUCAGGACUAGUAUAAGUAGGAUCUGGAAAACACUAUAUAUAUGAUUGAAUCCUGAUGCGCGGCCUUCUAUCUCUGACCUACACACUGUCGAUCCUCUCCUCUAGUUAUUGCGCCUCAUAUUACGCAUUAAAGUCCUCCAUUGGAUCUGAUGCCGAACCACUUUCCGAGAAAAAAACCCUCUGAAAAUAAAAAUAUAACCUGUUGUCUUCUCAUUGUAUUUAAAUUCUAAGGGGCACCCAUUUCGCAGAUUUCUGUAAGGAAAAAUGGGUCGGUUUUGGUUUGUCAGAGCUCUUCUUGUUUCGGUACUUCUAGUCUUCUCUUUAUCUCAAGGAUUUGGUCGGAAGGCGAUGGAGACUGAUGUUCAAUAUGAACAGGUGACUGCUCAAAUGGAGGAAGUUCCAGGUUUAUCGCCAAGGGAGAUGACUGAAUUGAUGGAUUAUUCAGAAACAGGGCCAAACACGAACCCCAGAACCGGGUAUAUAUUUACUCCUCCCCCGCAAGGCUAAUUGAGAUAUGUUACCAAUCCAAACUCAAAAUUGGAUGCUCUUAUUAUGUUCCUUUAAUUGCUUAAGUCUCUUCUAUUAAUUUAAUUUCCUUUUAAGUUAGACAGGUUGGAGGAUACAUAAGACUUGAGUAUAUAUAUGUUGAUUGGUGUUCUUAGUUUGCUUAGUUAGCUGUAAUUUGUGAAUUAUAAGAUGUUGGAUGUUGUCUGGUUU